AUUUGUGUGUAAACACUGUCUGUCUAAAGGUCGAUGCUGUAGUGCAGUACAAAUAGUGAUUUUUAGGACUGCUGUCUUCAGAAACACUGAAAUAGUAAAAGUAAACCUCCUCUGGACUGACCUUAAUCGAGUCAAACAACUCAAAAAGAUACAUUUACACCAAAUCUGCGGUUUCUAGAUGUCCGAAUCAAUGAGCUGGAUGAUUCUUCUCUUAAUUCAUCUGACCUCAUCACUCCAGUCACCAGUGUUUCUGGACAGGCGUGAUGCUGUUCAUCUGCUCAGGAACCGAAGGGCAAACGUCUUCCUGGAGGAGAUGAAGCCUGGGAAUCUGGAGCGAGAGUGUUAUGAGGAGCGCUGCUCUCUAGAGGAGGCGGUCGAGAUCUUCCAGAGCAGAGAGAAAACGGUACAGUCAUACCAUAUCAUCUUAUUGUGCUCUGCAUGGGCUUCUUGUGCUGAUAUAUAUCUCUUUGCUCAGAAAUACUUUUCUUUAUUAACCAGCUCAAGAAACUCUUCUGAGUUGACUGAGCUGUUGUCCUGUGUAGAUCUGAAUCUGUGUGGCUUUAACCCGUGUCUGAAUGGAGGAAUCUGCAGCGAGAUCCGCGGCGUUCGCGAGUGUCUCUGUCCUCCGCAGUACAGCGGGCCGAACUGUCAAACAGAGGUGUUUGACUGUAAGUUUAAGAACGGAGGGUGUCUGCAUUACUGCAGUCAGUCAGAGCAGACGGCUGGCGUCGUGUGCAGCUGCGCAGACUCUUACCAGCUGGAUGAAGACGGACGCAGCUGCAGUCCAUCAGUGCAGUAUCCGUGUGGGAAGCAGUGGAUUGGUGGGAUCAUGUCUCGCUCACUGGAUGAUAUCAGCCUCACGGAUGCCGAUUAUGCAAACCACACCCACACCACAGCAAACUCCACCCACUCAUUACAUAAAAACAGUUCACUGGUCAACUCGACUCACCCGGCAAACCAAACCCAGCCUGCGUCCCCGGACGAGCUGUCCGACACAGGAAGUGACAUCAGCAGCGUGAACGAGGACACACGCAUCGUUGGAGGUCAGCUGCAGGGUCAGGGCGGGAGUCCGUGGCAGGUUCUUCUUCGUCGUGAGGAUGAGUACGGCUUCUGCGGCGGGUCUCUGAUCAGUCUGCGUUGGGUCGUGACGGCAGCUCACUGUCUCCAGCAAACACCAGAUCACGUGACCAUCGGAGACUAUGAUAAGAUGCGUCCUGACAAAGACGAGCAGAAGAUCACGGUGCAGAAGAUCGUCCUCCACCCUCACUUCCACGACUACACCUUCGACAGCGACAUCGCUCUGCUCUAUCUGUCCCGUCCCGUCACUCUGGGUCCGUUCUCCGUCCCGGCCUGCCUGCCCGAUGCCAACCUGGCCACGCGGCUGCUGAAGCCCGGGGAGCAGGGCCUGGUGUCUGGAUGGGGGUCCACGGGCUUCCUGCGGCGCUCCUCGCGCUUCCUGAGGAAGGUGGUGCUGCCGGCCGACCAUAAGAUCAGCAUCAACCAACACCCACCAACCACAUCAACCACCAACAAGCACUUCCUCCGCAUAACACAUGAAGGAGAAGAACGCGCCACCACGGGGGACAGCGGAGGCCCCUUCGUAGUCAACUACAAGGGCACCUGGUUCCUGGCCGGCGUGGUGAGCUGGGGCGAGAGAUGCGCCGCCGAGGGCAAAUACGGCGUCUACACCAGACUGGGAAACUACUUACCCUGGAUACGUGAAGAGAUGAUGAAAGAGGAAUCGGGACACAGCCGGAACAAAUCCACCACCCAAGCUACAAAACAAAUACAA